UAUCUCUGUGAAAAAUAGGUUUUCGUACUUGUUCCAUGUAAGUGAUGCCGUUGGCGAGGAAGCCGUUGCGGCCGCCUUACGCUCACCGAGGGUGAAGAAAACGUGGCUAUCUCUGGUACCAGAAAUUCUUUUCAGACUCUGGAAGGGCUAUCACUCAGGAACCUAGCAAUUUCAUUAGGUUUGGAUUAUUAGGAUUAGUAUUUAUAAUAUCUCAUAUUAUUCUAUUUGUUCUUUAUUAAAAUGUUAAGUUAUGUCUAGGAUGCUCAGUUUCUUUGAAUUCGACACUUUACCCUCCGAGAAGGAUGCUUACACCGUCGCAGAGACGGAAAUGGUAAAAUUCUUUUCAGACCCGGAAAGAGAUAUUUUUCAGGAACUGUCUAAGAUGCUCAGCUUCUUCGAAUUCGACACUUCACCCUCCGAGAAGGAUGCUUACACCGUCACAGAGACGGAAAUGGCAAGGUUAUAUUGCGUGUAUUAUGGGGACCUUAUAACCAUUGUAUUGAGCCUCGAGAAGAAGAAGUUAAGCAAUAUCGUCGCCUCGAGUAUGGAAUUUUGUCGACCAAUUGCCCAGUCCUGCAUUAUCUCUGUGAAAAAUAGGUUUUCGUACUUGUUCCAUGUAAAUGAUGCCGUCGGCGAGGAAGCCUUAUGCUCACCGAGGGUGAAGAAAACGUGGCUAUCUCUGGUACCAGAGCAUAGCCACGAUCUCUACAUUUCGUACCUUCGGUCAGAAGUUAUCGAGGAGGUCCAGCGCCAAGAAAAAGCGGCGACGGCACCAUCGUCAAAUUCACAGCAGUCAUCACAGUCGCGAAAUUCGCAAUCUUCGAGCUCGCAGGAACUCUCGAAAAUGCUAAGUUUUUUUGAAUUCAAUACUGUGCCCUUUGCGACGGAUGCUUACACCGUUGCAGAGACGGAGAUGGCGAAAUUCUUCUCCGAUCCUGAAAGGGAUAUCUCUAUGCUAAACCGGUACAAGUAUAUGAAGCCGGUUUUUGUUAGGCUUAAUACCUCCCUACCAUCGUCUGGCCCUGUAGAACGUCUAUUUUCGAUUGCGACGUUCAUCGACUCACCACGCUCAAACAGGUUAACAAAUGAAAAUUUCGAGAAGAGAGUUUUAUUGAAGGCGAAUUUGCACGAGCACGUACCACGUCGCGAAGGCAAAAAAGUUGACAAUUCUUUCUAACAGUGCCACGGAUACAUCAAUCUUCAUUUUAAAUUGUAUUACGUCGUGCUCGUUUUGAUAUUUUCUUGUGAUAUAGUAAUUCAUUUUAUGGAUAUUAAGUAUGUGUGUAGUAUAGUACAGUCUGUGUCUCAUACUGCCAUCAGACUGUUCAACAACCUUCCCUUGAACCUGAGAAAAGCUCUUCGGAAAUGGGAAGUAAAAGAGUUUAUGGCUGAUCUAAAAGCCUUACUAGUUGGCAAGGCUUUUUACUCCUUAAAUGAUUUUUUUAAAUAAUAUUAAACUGUAAUUUUCUAUACCUUUUAUUUUAUUUUGUAAAAUUUUGUAAUAUUCUUAAUGCUUCCCUGUGUUCUCACGUACCUAUAUUAUAUUAACGAGUAAACCUUUCAUUUUUCGUGGAUUUUUCCUUCUUUUAGGGCUGCAUCAACGCCGCGGAGGAGGAGUGACACACCGUCAUAUUCUGACAGUCCCUCCCUGUCUGUGUUCUCAUCGACAACAACUGAAGAUGAGGAAGCUGCUAAUGUAACCAUCUCCCAGCCGCUGCCGAAGAAAGUGAAGGAUGCUCUUGCGGGUCAAGGAUUUUCAGCCACAGGGAAGACGAUGACCCAC